GUCUCUUGCUAAACCAAAAGGUCGAGACUUUUGCUCUCUUUAGAAAUCAAAGAGCUCCUCUUCAGAUUCUCUGUGUCCAGUAAAAAUCCACAUAGACGUGCUCGUCUUCAUGGAUGUCCCUCCAUGCCCUCACUUUCUCUCUCUUUAGAGCGUUGUCGUUUUCUCUCUCUCUGCUUUUAGUCAAAUCUCAUACCAAACUAUUUUGGCCACUAUCAGAGUAGCCUAUUUAGGCCUUUGUACUUCUUCUUCUUCCUCUACAUCAUUUAGCUUGCAUACAAUCCCAAGUUCCCAACUUUGGAUUGAGCUUUGCAAGGAGUUACUGGGCUUUUUGGCCUUCUGGGUUGGGGUUUCAGCUGCAGAAGAGCAUUCACAGAGAGCAGAACAAAGUGAGGCGAUUAGCUUAAAGCUUUUGGGGUUUCAGAUGCUGUAUUUGAAAUGUUAACAUAGGAAUCAGCUUUCUGUCUUUUGAGAAUUAAAAGGAAAACUGGAGUCUGUGUUCACUCUCCAAAAUUUCCAUCGUCAUGGGAACAAUGACUACGCCUAUUCCUGGUGUGGCGUCUAAUUUUGAUGAGGUUUCUAUGCAUCAGAGCCUGCUCUUCUCUGAUAGUCUCAAGGAUUUGAAGAAUUUGAGGUCUCAAUUAUACUCAGCAGCGGAGUACUUUGAACUUUCUUAUACAAAUGAUGACCAAAAACAUACAGUGGUAGAAACAUUGAAAGAUUAUGCCAUUAAAGCUCUUGUGAAUACGGUGGACCAUUUGGGUUCUGUGACAUAUAAGGUGAAUGAUCUCUUGGAUGAAAAAGUGGAUGAAGUUUCUGGCACAGAAUUUCGAGUUUCUUGCAUUGAACAGAGGCUGAAGACAUGUCAAGAAUAUAUUGAUCAUGAGGGCCUUUCCCAACAGUCAUCAGUGAUAGAUACUCCCAAAUACCACAAGCGGUAUAUCUUGCCAGGCAAUAAUACUUCACUGUCCUCUCAAUUUAACUUCUAUCUCUUUGAUCAGUCUACAUUUUAUAAGAUUUUCCCUUCCCUUGAAAUUGUCGACAAAGAUGAAUACUAUUCUGACGACUCAAAUUUUUGUUCAGUUGGUGAGACCAUGGGGGGAUCCAACAAAACUAAAUCUAAAUACAAAGGAUGCAACUUAGACAAUGAAGAUGAAUGGCAUCAAUUUCGGAAUGCUGUUCGUGCUACAAUCAGAGAAACACCACCAACUACAGUCAGUAGAGGGCGAUCUCCAUCUCCGCAACCUCAAAGACCUGCAGUUUUUUCAUUUACGUCUAGCAUGCCCAAGAAAGAAUUAGAUAAGCGAACAGUUUCACCUCAUCGGUUUCCACUUUUACGGUCUGGAUCUCUUGCAAGUAGGCCGACAACUCCAAGCAAAAGUCGAUCAACUACCCCAAAUUCAAGUAGACCAACGACACCAAAUCUCACUAAUGCAAGACGGCGGUACCCUUCAGAGCCUCGAAAAUCAGCUUCAAUGCGGCUACCUGCUGAAAAAGAGAAUAACAGAGAGGUUGAACAAUAUCCCAGCAAAAGUAAACGCCUCCUCAAAGCCUUGCUUAGCCGGCGCAAGUCAAAGAAAGAUGACAUGUUAUACACUUUCUUGGACGAAUACUAAGAGAAUGGUCAAUGAAAGUUGGAAAAUACUGGAUCAUUUGCCUUCAUCUGUUCCCUUUGGCUUAAUACAGACGUAUGUACUUUUCUUUUCAAAGUUUGCUGCUUUUUAUAGAGAAAUGUAUGCGUCAACUCUUUAUAAACAUCAUAUAUCAAUUGUUAUA